AUGGCUAGAGAUCAGCAAAUUUCGCUUAACUGUCUUUCUCACUAUACCAAUGAUGAUGAUGAUGAUGAUGAUGAUGAUGAUGAUGAUGAUGAUGAUGAUGAUGAUACUUCACCGGCCUUCAAAACAUACCAACUGGCAAUUGUCACACCGAAAGGAGCCGAGAUUCGCGGUCCGUUACAGCUAGAAACCAACUGGGAAAUCGCAGAAUAUGUAGCUGGAUACGAAUAG